UAUUCGAUUUGGAUCCAUUUUACCAUAUUUCAGCCGGUGUGGUUCACGGAUUGCAAAGCACAGGGUGGUAUGGCAGGAUUUGUGGUGGCCAUUCGCAAUGACAACUUACUGGCUCAGGACACCCAAGUCAUUAAUGAAUACAAAUGCAGGAUAUUUCAUCACACCAUCUCUAUUGCCAACAGUGUCUUAGCAACUACACACAGAUACGACUCAAAUGGUGGCACCUUCUUCAUGAAAUGUCCACCUGGAACCAUGUCAGCUUUAUACGAUGAUGACGGGCAUCCAAAGGAUCACCAGGCGGUGACUUACAUUCGCUGUAACACUUUGGAGUUGCCCUGGAAAGUGGACAAUACCAACUGCCACAGCAUCGAAUUGUUCCGAAACCUGGGAAACGCAACCUUGUCGUGGAUGAAUGAUCCCGGCUUGAAGAAAACUGCAGAUGAAGUGUGGGGAGCCGAGUGUGGAGACAAGAACAACAUGGAGGCCAUGGUCAUGCUCGAUUUGCACGACUCUGCAAAUUUCAGGGUGGAGAGAAUCCAGUGCUGCAAAGUUAUCAAAGUCUGAAUCAUGUUCAUUAACCAUCACUUAUCGCUACGAUACAGCAAUAUAUGUAGGGAGACGUUAUUUUGAAAAUAGAACGUAUAUAGCGUGUCAUUUGAUUUGUGCGAACUUCAGAAAUUUUCAAAACCCUAAACUUCUGAAUGAUGAGUCGGGAACUUUUUUUUGUUCCACUUUUCUGUCACUCUAAGGUUUGUGACAUUUCGUCGUCGCCUUUUAGCCUGGAAUGGAGACACACCUGGUUUACAUCUUUUAAUUUUCAAAAAUGAAUGCACAGUACUCCUACAUACUU